GGGUCUUGCUCCGGCCUUGAUGUGACUCUGCUCCCUGUCGAAUCCAGAAAUGGCCGCAGAGAUCCCUGGGUCCGUGACGCUGCCCGUCGCCCCCAUGGCGGCCCCUGGACAGGCACGGAUGGCGGGGGCCUUGCCUGCCCGAGGAGGGAAGCGACGCUCUGGGAUGGACUUUGACGACGAGGACGGCGAAGGCCCCAGCAAGUUCUCCAGGGAGAACCACAGCGAGAUCGAGCGGCGCCGGCGGAACAAGAUGACGCAGUACAUCACGGAGCUGUCGGACAUGGUGCCCACCUGCAGCGCGCUGGCCCGCAAGCCCGACAAGCUGACCAUCCUGCGCAUGGCCGUGUCGCACAUGAAGUCCAUGCGGGGCACCGGGAACAAGUCCACCGACGGC